ACUCGGGAUUUUCAGCGAACGGAUAUUUAGAAGCCGCGAUUGGUCGCUGAUUUAUAGAGUCCGGUGACUCCAGAUGUAAUCGUCAUUCUAACAAAUUUGCCGACUGUUGCUGACUCACGAGCGAUAAAAGAAAUAUUCGUGAUGCACGGCCGAGUGAAGGUGCGUACGACAGCAGAACAGGAGGAAAUAAAGAAACGGGAAAGAGCAGUCAGAAUAGCUCAAUAUAAGGCUGACAUCGCUACAGUAUUUCAAAAGAGGAAAGAUAAGAAAUUGGACGAUGAGGUAUUAUCAGUCACUAAGCGUAUGCUGUUGAACAAUUCAGACAUUUAUACACUGUGGAACAUCCGUCGCGAAGUUUUCGAGAAUAACGAAUGGAAUGAAGAAGAUUAUAAGCAGCUACUUGAGAAUGAAAUGAGCCUGACCGAGCAGUGUCUCAGAGAUAAUCCCAAGUCAUAUAGUGUGUGGCAUCAAAGGUGUUGGGUGAUGGAACAAAUGUCCGAACCAGAUUGGAAGAAAGAAUUGUCUCUGUGUGCAAAAUGCCUAAAUAUAGAUGAAAGAAAUUUUCACUGCUGGGAUUACAGAGAGUUUGUUGUGCAAAAAGCUGAGAUCUCUAACGAGGAGGAGUUUGAGUUCUCCACCACAAAAAUAUUGAAUAACUUUUCAAAUUACUCGUCUUGGCACUAUAGAAGUCGAAUAUUAACUAAAAUGUUUGGCACUACGUCUGAAGAAAUACCAAUUGUAGACGAUAGAUAUAGAGAGGAGCUUGAUCUAGUCAUGAAUGCAACAUUUACUGACCCCAAUGAUACUAGCGCAUGGUUCUAUCAAAGAUGGCUUUUAGAUAAAUGCAUGACAACUUGUAGGCUAUGGCGUGCACAAAUUACGAAAGAUACUGCUAUUGUUGUUAUCGACAAUAAUAUAUUGAUUAAAUCAAUUUUACUUUCAUUAAUUAUAAAUGGUGAAACUAUUGAUGUGCAAUGGCAAUUACAUCCAGAUGAAAAAUUUGCCAAGCUACGAAUCGCAGAGUUCGCAAGAUCAUUAGAAGAUUUGGAUAGUGCCAAAGAAGUUUCUAUAAAACUGCAGGAAACAAUGUAUCAACUUUCGUAUUCAGAGUUAGAAGGUAUAUGGAUUUACAAAGAUAAUUCCAGUUUGCAUAAAGAAAAUAGCAAUGAUAAACAAUUAAAUGAGCAAUUAAAGAGCUAUAACCAACUUUCUGAAAUGGAACCAAAUAAUAAAUGGGCCUUACUGACUAGUAUGUUACUGAUGAAAAAGAUUGAUUUCAACAAAUUUUAUAAUGAUAUAUUAAAUAAUCUAUCGACGCUAUCAAAAAUCGAUAGUCUUCGUAAAAACUAUUAUAAAGAUUUGCGAAGCAAACUUUUAGUGGAGUAUAAGCUACUUGAAAUGUGGAAAGAAGAAAAUGAUUUAGAAAUACAGUCAAAAAUUGAUUUAUCAGGAUUAGACUUGACGAAAUUGCAUAAUAAUCAUUACUUCAGUUUCUUCAAAGAAGUGAAUCUUGGUGCAAACCAGUUAGAUAAUUCUUUAUAUCAGCUUUCCACAUUACAACGAUGCACAAAACUGUCACUGUCCAGCAAUGGCUUAACAUCAUUGAAACGUUUUCCUACUCUAUAUAAUCUCGAAGUUCUCUCUUUGAGAAAUAAUAAGUUGGCGAGCACAAAGGAAAUAUUCAACUUAAUAAAACGACACAAAAAUUUGAGAAGACUAGAUUUACGAAAUAAUCCAGUAUGCCAAGAGAUCGAUAUAGCUAAAAUUCAAGACACAAGUUCUCAUGUGGAAAUAUGUUUACAAUAACGUCAGAAAAUAUACUUAAU